GUGUUGUGACCAUGAGGUUGAUAUGCAUGUGGUGUGCGGUAAUGGCGGCGGCGCGCGCGCAGGAAGACUUCUACGCGCCACAGACCUUCAAGCAACACGUGAGGGGAGCACUCUUCCAGCCCAUGCACCAACCCUGGAACAUGCCAAAGGAAAUGGACAAAUUGGAGUCAUAUCAAAAGGGCAUGUUCACGCCGGCCCUGCGUAACGACGUGGAUCCCCAGGCGAGUCAGAAUUGGAGACCAGCUGUGAACGAUCGGGAUUGGCGAGGUUCCCCAAGCCCGCUUGCCCCCGCAGCCCCUCUGCAGCCGAUCCUCCAACCAGAACCCUGGAGGCCCCCCUUCAGCCCCCAGCUCACUAAGGAACAGCAAGCCGCCAUUCUGCAUCAUAAGCAGGCUCUUACGUCAGAUGGCGCGUUCCGUUUCGAGUACGCCUCCGACAACGGCCUGGCCGCCGGCGAGCAGAUUGAACCCGACGGAACCCGAGUGGGAGCAUAUCAAUACAAGGAUCCUAGCGGGCAAUUAGUCAAGCUGAAGUAUAGAGCUGGAAAGGAAGGUUUCCAGAUCCUCGAAGGCAGCCAUCUCCCGAAGAGCCCAGAGCCAGUAGCACCGCCAACUUCUGACCAACAUUACCAGCAGGCAUACCAGCAGCAAAGACAGCAAUACGACUUGCAGCAACAGUACAACCAGCAGCGGAUAGAGCCGCAGCAGCAAAACUGGCAGCAGAAUAAUGGUGGCGAGGGCGGUCAACAGAGGGCGACAGCGUCACAAUAUUACCCUCAGAGUUGGAGGGCGCAGGGCCAGGAGGACGAUGGACAGUACCGUCCACAGGAGAACGAAGUCCAAAGUGGGCCUCACAACUUCGGCGAAGGCUUUGCCUUCUCCUUCCAAGGUUAACCAGUAGUUAUAUAAACUUAGGAUGUAACUUUAGACACACUUCAAUCCGAUAUGCACGACAAUGCGUCGUGCUUGGCGCUGAAUGCUUAAACUGCUUUCUAAACGGAUACAAUUUUGCUGUGGUUUCAUAAGCAGUAAUGUAAACUCCUACAGCAGCAAUAACUUACAGCUAUCCUUCAGUGCUUCACACACGAACGCAGAAUGACGACAAUGUGUCGUUAAUGGCGCUGGGGGUCCGCUUGACAACUUGACAACUAAUCCCAAGAUUUGACGUAGGCACUAGUUUUUACGAAAGCAACUGCCAUCUGGCCUUCCAACCCAGAGGGUAAACUAGGGCAGAGGGUAAACUAGGGCUAAUGUCGUUAAUGGCGCUGGAUUAAAUAAAAAUUAAAAGCAUAGAGAUCACGCGAGACGAUGUCCUCCUAAGUAUAUUUAUAUAAUAAGUAUAUUUAGGGUUAAGGUUAAUAGUUUAACCUAUGUUCUAAUUUAUACAUCUAAGCAUGUGAUAAAGCCAGUUUAAAUAAAAAAUAUUUUCAGUCUGUGGCUUCUACUUGCGCAUUGGUUCGUACAUAACAGAGGCACUAAGAUGUCUGACUAAAAAAAGGAUGCAAUUUUUUCUAGUCUCUAACCUAUUUUGCACUUCAUCUUUAAAAAAAUCUAAAGUAUUUUUAAGGUAGUCUGAGAGCUACUUAAGCAAGAAUUCGACUAUGUUUUUCUCGAAACUGUCAAGUUAUUGUAUCACAGGCUAUUUCAAAUAGCAAACAUUGUUUAGAUAAGUAUAUGUUUAAAUUUAUAUUUAUGACUGUUUCUUGAACUUUGAAUGACUUAAUAUUUAUAAAUAUAUUAUAAUAAAUUAGUAAUAUUUCUAGAAAUUCAUUUCAAAACGAGUUAUUGCUUUUUUUCGAAAGUCCGCCUUCCUUGGAAUAGGUGGGAUACUUUAAAAUAUAUUACUUAUGUGACCAUACCAGUGUACUUAGUUUUAGUAAAAAUAAAUGUGAUUUUUUUUUACU